AUGGAUAAUUGGUUUACUUCGGUGCCUCUAGCAGAAGAGCUGUUGAAACCACCGUAUAAACUCACAGUGGUAGGUACAUUACGAAGUAACAAGCGGGAAAUUCCCAAAGAAAUGGCGAAUACUAGAUCUAGACCAGUCGGCGCUACGUAUCACGUAGUUUUUGAAAAGGAACUUGAAAAACGUACUGAGCCUCGUCAAGUACGUGAAAAAAGAUGGAUUAUUGGUAGAUCGUCCUCACUUUCAAACAUGCCAAAGAUAAAUUCAGCUGCUCAAAGACGUUGUUCUUCAGUCCCUCCCACAAUUACCGUACAGUACCUUCUGCCAAGCACAACCCACAAUGAAAGAGCACAUUCCUAUAAUCUGUUAAGUGACGGGCCUGAUUCCUAUGAUGGUGAUUUUUCCGGCACAGACAGUGACGUCACAUACUGCCCCACAGACGUUGAGAUACUCUCAGAUAGUUCCAGUCCAGAUAUUCUAGAGGAACCAUCUACAUCUGGUAUCAUGUCUGGUGUAUUUCACGGCAACAUAGAUGAAGGUAGAAAACGCAAAUCGAGGUCUGACCCAAGCCAGUGGAAGAAAAACAAAAACAAGAAACUGCGUAUGUCAGGCAAAGAAUAUUUAGGAUUUACAAAGCCUAAAUCAGAAAGUUAA